UGCAGUACCUAAAAUAAGAUCCAACCUUCUCUUUAGCGAAUGCACUAAUCACUAUAAAUAUUUCCAAUAAUUUUGAUAGAAAUUAUUUAUUUAUUUAUUUAUUUAUUUAUUUUUACCAAAUAUAGGGUAAGUGCAGUAGAAUUCUUUUCAAAACACAAAAAAAAAAAAGUGUAGUUGGAUGGAUUUCGUGCAAGAUCCUAGUAUUUUGCUAUUCAUGUUUAAAUAUCAUUGAGAAGACUGAAUUUCUCAUUGCACACCUCUAAUCAGUAAUCACAUUAUCUUCUCAAGAAUCUGAAACAAAAAGGUAAAAGCUUUUCAAGUCACAAAUAUUUGAGCUCCAAUUUUUCUUUUUGAAAAUUUCCAGAACAUAUAGGAAUUUGAUUAAGAAAAUGGGAAUGGAAAAAAGAUUCUUUGUUCUUAACACGGGAGCGAAGAUCCCAUCAGUGGGUCUCGGAACAUGGAAGACUGACCCUGGUGUAGUUGGGAAAUCUGUCAUUACUGCUGUCAAGAAUGGUUACAGACACAUUGACUGUGCUCAAGUCUAUGGAAAUGAAAAAGAGAACAAUUUGCAGGUAGGUGUAGCUCUAAAGGAGCUUUUUUCCUCUGGGAUAGUUCAGCGUUCGGAGGUGUUUAUCACAUCUAAGCUAUGGUGUAGUGACCAUGCACCAGAAGAUGUCCCCAAAGCUUUGAGCAAAACAUUAGAGGAUCUGCAGCUUGAUUUCAUUGAUCUAUAUCUUAUACAUUGGCCAUUUAGGACAAAGCCUGGGUCAGCAGGAUUUGCCCCAGAAGUCAUGGCUCCAUUGUGUCUUCCUGAGACAUGGGCUGCAAUGGAGAGACUUUAUGCGUCUGGCCAGGCUCGAGCUAUUGGCGUGAGCAACUUCUCGACUAAAAAGCUGCAAGACUUGCUUUCCUAUGCCAAAAUUCCACCUGCUGUGAAUCAAGUAGAGUGUCACCCUGUCUGGCAGCAACCUGCCCUUCACAACUUGUGCAAAUCCACUGGUGUUCAUCUUACUGCUUAUUCUCCUCUUGGAUCACCGGGGUCUUGGUUAAAAGGAGAAAUCUUGAAAGAACCGUUACUAGUUGAGAUUGCUGAGAAGCUAAAUAAGUCAACAGCUCAAGUAGCUCUUCGCUGGGGUGUUCAAAGUGGACAUAGUGUUCUUCCAAAGAGUGUAAACGAGUCUAGGAUCAAGGAAAAUCUGAGCUUGUUCAACUGGUCAAUUCCCGAAGAGCUCUUCUCUAAAUUUUCAGGAAUCCAUCAGCAAAGGCUGCUCCGGGGGGAUUUUGCACUUCAUCAAAGCUUAAGUCCUUAUAAGAGUCUCCAAGAGCUCUGGGAUGGUGAAAUAUGAGAAAAUAUGAUGAUAUGAUAUGGCUCGGCUUGGCAAUUAGCAUAGCAAAACUCUUCUUGCAGUUUUGUCAUUUAAAUGCAGUGAAAUAUGUAUCAAGCUUUUCAUUGGCAAUUAGCAUAGGAAAACUCUUCUUGCAGUUUUGUCAUUUAAAUGCAGUGAAAUAUGUAUCAAGCUUUUCAUGUAUUGGAACUCUUUUUUUUUUUUUUCCUUUCUUACUACUCAAAAGAAUAAUACAAUAUUUUCUUAGAA